AUGACACUUAAAAGAAAAAAAUCGUAUAGAGUUGUUGCUUCUAAGAAAUCAAAACUGAUUUUCAUAGUAGCUGUUAUGUUUUUUCAGUUAUCAUCAAUAACUAUUUAUCGUUACUAUGCAAUAUCUAAAUUAUUUGAAGAAGAAGAAUUCGUGGAACCUGAGAUAAUGUAUAAUAUGGACACUUUACGAAAAUGUACACAGUCGGAAAAUGAUUGGCUUCAAUGUAUUAAACAACUGAAUAAUUUAACCAGAGUAAGCAGUGCUAGAGUGCGUGGAUUCGACUCAUCAGUUCAUUUAAUUCGUACACCUAUAAACUGUACAUUUUUGGAUAUACAGAUUCCAUUUAAAAUGAAUAAUAAACAUUAUUUAAAUGUAACCUUAAAUGAACGCUACGUACUGCCUAGAAGUUCUGCAAUUGCUAAAAACGGAAAUCUGACUGUAAAAUCAGUCAAUACAAAUAGGCAUUACCCAAAAUAUUUCAACGUGAAAGAAGCAUUAAAUGCUAUACACAAAGGUUUACCUCAGAAAGAGAUGCCAGUCAACGGUGAACCGAUCAUUAUUGUUCGAAUCCCAAAGAAGAUAUGCAAUCCUCUAGAACCGACUGAUAAAUUAGAUCUUAUAGUGAUGAUUAAAUCCUGUAUCUAUUGUUUCAGCAAGCGAUCAUAUGCACGAGAAACAUAUAUGAAAUUAGAAUUAUGGAGAGAUUUAAAAGUUCAGUUCGUUUUUGUGGUGGGGUUACCAACACCAAACGAAACUGAUAUCUAUCACUUUGAAGGAGUGAAUGUAAAUCUUUAUCGGGACGCCUUGAAGUUAUCAAAAAUCUAUGCAAAUUCACGAUGGUUGGCAGCUAAAAAGCUAGAAAAUGAAAGUAAAGUGUAUCAAGACAUGUUGAUUGGAUCAUUUUAUGACACAUAUUUCAAUUUAACACUAAAAUUGAUGUCGACAUACCGAUGGGCUGCUACGUUUUGCGAUCAAAAAACCCCGUUGUAUAUCUUUAUUGAUGAUGAUUACGUCCUUUUACCAAAUAAUACGAUUAAUCUGGUCAGAAAACUGAACGCUUCAUUCAUAAAAUCGAUUAUAGGAGGGCCAGUGCAUCCUUCAAGUAUAGUAGCAAGGCCAUCAAAAGACUACUUUCAUUUGAAGUGGGCAGUUUCAGAAAGAGAGUACCCAUGGGAACGUUAUCCCCCCUACUUUUACGGAACCGGUUAUAUACUGAGUUCUACUAUUGUUAAUGAUGCUUCUUUAGCUAUGGCUUUUACACAAAAUAUCCGCAUAGAUGAUUCAUAUUUAGGAAUUGUAUUAAGCAGACUGAAUAAAACACUAACUGAUAUGAAAGAAUUCCGGAUAGAUGCAGAAGAAAAACAGAUAGAAUCAGGAGCUGUUGUUAUUCACACUGACGUUGCUGAAGAUAUAAUUGACUGGGGUACUGGUCAAAUUAAAAAAACGUAA